UUCUUCGUAAUAUUUUCGUCAAAAAAGUUUGCGGAUUCAAUCGGCGAUAUUGAAUACCUCCCGCAGACACAAAAUCGUUGAUUCAGAGCAGUUUUUGACUAGAUUUUUAUCGGGCAGAAGCAAACAGUUAAUCGCCGGUGGCUAGCUGUUUAUCCAUCUUGUUUUUUCAACGAUCGUUUGUGGUUAGAAAUUGAAUUUUUCUCAAGCCCUUUGUGAUUGGCGGGAGUUUGAAUUUUGUUAAAACUUUCGAUUUUUGGCUUUAUUUGGUGUUGUACAAGAGAUUGCAGUUCACCCAACUUUGUAUUGCUACUUCAUAUCAAAUCGUUUUAGAUAGGGAAUUCGUGUAUAGAUUGAUGGACAUGGGGGUUUCGGAUAACACGAGGGGAUUAUUAUUGGCAAUGGUGUCGAGUUUGUUUAUAGGAACGAGCUUUAUAUUUAAGAAGAAAGGUCUUCUCCGAGCUGCUGCUGCUGGUACACGCGCAGAAAAAUUGAGUUAUCUUAAUUUUAGGGAUUUUUGGAGCGGAAUGUAGGUUUUAUGAAGAAAAGGGGGAAAAGUUGUUGGUAAGGUUUAGUUAGUCAAUGCAGGAGCUUGUUUUUCCUUGCUCGUAUUCGUGGAUCAAUGUUUGAUGUUUCGUAUUCAUUUAUGGUUUAGUUUAGCAUGUUGUUACGAAAACUGUUGAAGCUUUGUAUCAUUUUAGGCUGUUGGUUGUCUUGCAAUACUCAGGUGUCGGGGGCUAUACUUACCUGUUAGAGCCUCUUUGGUGGGCCGGCAUGAUUUCUAUGAUUGUUGGGGAGAUUGCGAACUUUGUUGCUUAUAUCUAUGCCCCUGCUGUUCUUGUUACCCCUCUUGGUGCAUUGAGCAUUAUUGUUAGUGCUAUUUUAGCACACCUUCUGCUGAAGGAGCCGCUGCGACAGAUGGGAAUUUUGGGAAUUAUAUCUUGCAUAGUUGGGUCGGUUGUAAUUGUUGUUCAUGCCCCGCAAGAACCAACACCAUCUUCUGUUCAAGAAGUCUGGGAUUUGGCAUCCCAGCCAGCAUUCCUCAUUUAUGUGGCAGCUUCGGUAUCACUUGUGCUACUUCUCAUUGUGUAUUUUGAGCCUCUCUACGGGCAGACAAACAUACUCGUCUACUUAGGAAUUUGCUCUAUAUUGGGAGCAAUCACGGUUAUGAGCGUGAAGGCCGUUGGCAUUGCGAUAAAACUCACCUUGGAGGGGAUUAAUCAGUUCGGAUCUACUCAGACUUGGUUUUUCCUUUCGGUUGCAGUAUUUUGUCUGAUCACACAGUUGAAUUAUCUGAACAAGGCGCUCGACACUUUUAAUGCUGCAAUAGUCUCUCCGAUACACUAUGUAAUGUUCACAACUCUGACCAUAAUCGCCAGCUCCAUCAUGUUCAAGGACUGGUCGGGUCAGAAUGCGAGCAGCAUAACCUCCGAAGUGUGUGGUUUCAUCACAGUUCUCUCAGGGACGAUCAUUCUUCACAUGACUAGAGAAGAGGAAGCGUCAUCACCUCCAACAGGGACCAUAGUUUGGUACGAUGGAGAUUCAUCGAAAGCUUUAGAAGGAGCUCAUUUUAUUUCAUUGCAUAGCUCUGAUUACUUUGAACUUGUCUCUGGAGACAAAGUGAUGGCAGCAUAGCUUUACACAGAUUUCGACCACCGUUGACGGCUGAGCCACCUCGCCUUCCACUGCAAUCGGCUGCAGCAAGAGCAGCGCGGGGAGAUGAUGAUAUAAGGAAGGGUGUGGAUUUCAUUUUUUUCGAUGUUCUUGUAUUUUGUGAGUAGAAUAUGUAAAUUAUUCUCUUUUUUUUUUUUUUUUUCUUUUUGAUGGUUUGGAUAGAGCCUUACGAUUAUUAUUAUUCCAUUGGCUUGUUUUUGCUAACUGGGAUAUAGAGCCUUACGAUUAUUAUUAUUCCAUUGGCUUGUUAAUAUAUUUUCUCAGGAAAAUUUUAGUUUAUUUUAUUUCGAGUUAAAA